AUGGAUUCAAAAAGACUAAAAUUGCUCACCAAAUUUUUAGAGAGAGUAUUCUAAAGCUCUCAUUCUAUUAAUUCUGUUGAAAUGAUAUCUGAUAAAACAGUUAAAGUUAAUUGGGCAUAACACAAUAUUAGAGAUUCUGUAACAUAUAAUUACUCUAAUCUUUACGAUUUUGAUCAGAACAAGAGAGAGAUAGGUAAAAAAUUGAAUGAUUUUCCUAUUUAGGUCCAAAAAAAUAUAUCUGUGUACUCACCUGAACGCUCAUUAAAGGCUGUGAUAUAAUCAGUCUAAGAUAAGACAAAGACAAAAAAUUUUUCAGUGAUUGAAAUCUACAAAGGAGAAGACAUUGUAUCUCAAGUUAAUCUUUAAGAAAUGCAUGAAAAAAUAUUAGAUGAUCCCAUCGUUGGAAAUGCGAUAGUUUGGAAUAAAAAAGAAACAAAAUUUUUAUAUAUUGCUCAAGUAAAGGCUAAGCCAACAAAAAACUAUUUUGAAGUAGAAGAAGAUAAAGAUUUAGAUGAUGUGAAUAGAACAUAUAAUCUAGAUUCUGAUUUUGGUGAGGGUAUGAAUGGAAUUACAAAAGCUCAUUUAUUUGAAUACAAUAUUGAAAGUUAAACUCUUUCAUAAAUAGAAAUUCCUGAAAAUAUUUUCCCAAGCAAUCCCUAAUAUUUAGAUGAGAGUGGCGAGAGUAUUAUUUUAUAAGGGUACAAAUUACACCCAGAAUUUAGGUAUGGAAUAUUACACUGUUUUAAUAGGUAAUCUGAUAUUUUCCUCUUAUAGAAUCUAAACCGUAACUAGCUCUAUCCUAAACCUGCUAAAAAUUCAUCAGAUGCUAAAAAUGAUACUGCAAGUGAUGAAAAAAAAUAACUUAACUUUAAGGUUAUCAGCUAAGACGAAGUUUCUUUUAAACCUAUGGUUAGUCCUGAUGGCUAAAAAAUUGCCUAUUUCGGAGCUCCUUUAAGUCCUCCUCAUUUGAAUUAUAUGGGAAUGAAGAUUAUUAAUACUUAGGAUUGGAGUAUCGAAGAAAUUAUUCCUAUCAGAAAGGAAAAUCUUACUGAGUCAGGUGAAUUUAUGGGUAUUUGUGGGUUUUAUGAUGAUUUGAAGAACUUUUUUUGGCUCAAGGAUAGCAUCCAUUUUGUUUUAACGACAAUUGUUGGCCACUCUCUAGGUACCUUUUUGGUAAAUUCAAAGACUAAAUAAAUUAGAAGAUUCGCUGUUAACAAAACGGAGUCGGAUGAAUUUUAGGUGAUUGAUUAUAACAAUAAAUUUAACACUUUGUUUGCUACUCAUACAAACAUGGCAGGACCUCCUUAGCUAGCUUUUCUUAAAAACUUAGAUCUUUCAAAAGGCUUAGAUGAAAUUGUUUAGAGUGCUGAUUGGUAAUAUAUUACACUUAGUCAAGGAAGUUCUUCAAUAUUCCCUUCACUUUAAGAAUUUGCUUUAAAAUAUUUUGAAGAGUAAGUUAUCAGAUCAGGUGAGUCAACUGCUUGUCUUUGGAGAAUUAAAUAGUUUGAUAAAGAGUUUAUCCCAAAAGAGCUUAAAGAGUUAUAUGAAAAUAACGACAAACUAAAUCCUUUGAAUAACUCUGAUUAAGAUAGACCUCUUAUUGUUUUCAUUCACGGAGGUCCUCACUCAAGUUCAACCGGAUUGUUUGCAAUCAGUCAUUUAUACUUCCUUCUUUAAGGAUACACCAUUUUGCUCCCUAACUACACUGGCUCUGCUGGUUACGGUUAAAACUAUAUCAAUAAACUACUUAAAAACAUAGGAGAAAUUGAUGCUAAGGAAAUCCUUAACAUGAUAGAUUAAGUUAUUGAGAAAAAACUUUGUGAUCCAAAAAAAGCAAUUACUAUGGGAGGAAGCUACGGAGGAUAUAUGACAGGUAUUUUGUCUACAAGAUAUCACGAAAGAUUUAUUUGCGCUGUUAUGAGAAAUCCUGUAGUUAACAUUCCUUAUCUACUUAACGCAACAGAUAUCCCUGAUUGGUGUUUAGCUGAAUGUUUUGGGAAAAAAAUGACCUGGAAUUUAACAGGUGAAGAUUAUAAAACAAUGUUUGAAUUUUCUCCAAUGAGUCAACCAAAUAAAUUACCCAUUUUAAACCUUUUAGGAGCUAAAGACAGAAGAGUGCCCUACUAAUAAAGCAUAGCAUAUCAUGCCUAGUCAAUUUAUAAUGGAACUGAAAUAGAAACAUACAUCUACCCAGAAUCUGAUCAUGCUCUAAGAGAGAGUCUACCAACAAUUGUAGAUUCGCUGAUUAAACAAAUAUCAUUUUUAGAAAAGCACUUACUGAAAUGA